AUCUGGGCAGGGAAAAGCAAGGCGCUCCACAGCGGCUGGGCAGGGGAGGGAAGAGGCGCGGCGGCGCCCGCGUGAACCCUGCCCUUCGCCCUCUGACCGCCCAAGGAAAGAGGCGGCGCCGCUCGUUCUCUCCCACUCGGCAACACCAACUCAAGGCAACAAUGGGGAAGGCGGAAGUGGUGGCUUUGGCCCGGCGGUCUUGGCGUCUCUGCCUAUGGGAGACGGCUGGGCAAUGCUGAGUCCCUGCCUGCGACGCGCUCGCUCGCUCGUUCUGCAGGCCCCGCGGUAGGAGACCGCGCUGGUUUCGACCCCCACAAAACCCGCCUUAGUGGGCGGGAAACGGCGGCUUUGCCUCUCGGUCUUCCAAGCCCUUUAGGUCCCCCAGCUGCUUUAGUAAGGCGCCUAGAGAACUGUAACAGUGUAGGGAGGCCUGGCGGAGCCCCGCUUAGGUGCAUGUAGCGUUCAGGACAAGCUUACUUCAGCAGGAACUCCCCUCCCCACCUUCGGCAGACGGGUUUAUUUUAAAUGUCAUUCUCUGUUGUUACCCCACCCUCGGAACGAAGUAUGGACUCUGUGCGGCCUCUGAGGAUGUGUGGAAGCUCAGUGGGUGUUAGGAAGUAAGGGAGACUGACGUUUCAGUUAGGGAGGUUUGUCUGCUAUUUAAACCCUGCAGUCCUAGUUUCUCCCCUCUCUGCCCGCCUCUUUCAAAAAGGCUGAUGGGGAAUGGAAGCCAUGUUCACAGAGUCAAAGGGCUGGGUUUAAAAUAAAGCUCUCCUAAGCACGAUCGUGGAGGAACAGAAUGGUGUAUAAGUUUACUGGGCUGUGCCAGAAAGGAAAAAUCAGUGCAAUUGAGUAUUGAGGGCAUACUCAAAGCUAGAUUUAGAAACCUGCCCCUUCUGUUUUUAGGCAGCUGACCAAGAAAUAGUUGAGACCCUUGUGCCUAUAUCAAAGGUCUGUCAGAGUAAAGUGAGCUGCCUCACGAUUAAGUGUACCUAUUGCGUAUAUAGAUUAUCUUUGCCACUGUUGCUGCUCCCUCUGUCCUGUCCUGGCACUAUGUUGGCAGAGCAAGCCCAGAAAUGGUUCCCAACUCAUGUGCAAGUUACAGUCCUUCAUGCCAAAGACCUGAAGCCUAAGGGCAAAAGUGGCACUAAUGAUACAUACACUAUCAUACAAUUGGGAAAGGAGAAGUACUCCACCUCAGUGGCGGAGAAGACCUUGGAUCCUGUUUGGAAAGAAGAGGCCUCAUUUGAGUUGCCUGGAUUGCUGAUGGAAGGGAAUUCAGAGAAAUACAUCCUCUACCUGAUAGUCAUGCACAGGUCGCUUGUUGGGCUUGAUAAAUUUCUGGGACAAGUGGCAAUAAAUCUGAAUGAUAUCUUUGAGGACAAGCUGAGAAGGAAAACAGAGUGGUUUAGCCUGGAGUCCAAACAAGGAAAGAGAACUAAAGACAGAGGAGAAAUAAAAGUCAAUAUUCAGUUUAUGAGGAACAAUAUGACAGCAAGUAUGUUUGACCUCUCAAUGAAGGACAAAACUAAAUCUCCUUUUGCGAAACUAAAGGACAAAAUGAAGGGUCGUAAGACUGAUGGAACAGUCUUGGAUACAUCCUCUGCAAUCAUUCCAAGUAGUCACAUGCCACAAACUAACACUGUAACUUCCCUUAGUGAAAUACAGUUAAAAUCUAAACCAAAAAAGCCUUUCCUGUUGGCGCCUCAGCGACUAUCUUCAGCUCAUUCAAUGUCUGAUUUAACCGGUCCACAGGUGACUUCAGAAAAAAUUAAAUCGGGCACAGUUGGCAACGCAUACCUCUUCAGACGUCAGCUUGAGUCUGUUGGUUCUGUCGAUGAAAGUGGAAAUCUAAAAUCUCCACACAGACGAACAUUAAGUGCAGAUACAACUAAAGUGAGUCAACCUGACAGCACAGUUGAUGACAGUGACUCAGCUUUUGGAGCACAAAAUGACCCUUUUACAAAUGUGAGUGCUUCAUUGCCUCAAAAAUUUGCUACAUUGCCAAGACAGAAGAAUCCAUUUGAAGAAAGCCCUAUAUCUUGGGACCAAAACAUAGGUCUGUUUUCAAAACCUGCUGAAAUAAAAAAAGACAUUAAGAAAGAGAAAAAGGAGAAGGUUAGUCUCUUUGAAAGAGUGACUGGAAAAAAAGAUAGUAAACGGUCUGAUAGACUUAGUAAUGGAGGAUCAGAUGGUUCUACUGAUUUGAAAUCACCUUCUGCAUUUGGUGAAAAUCAUCGGGGCAGUUUUGAUUUUGAUUCAACUAAUCCCUUUACAGCAAGCUUCAAGCCACCAAGAGGUCUGCCAUCUUCUAGUAUUCCACAAAUAAGUCAUGAGAUUUCAGUGGUUCCUGUAUAUCAUCUUGGUAGCCCUGAUGGAGGAGAUCCAGGAUCCCCCAGAAUAGCUCUAUUGGAUGGUACUGUGAGAAUCCAAGAGUGUUUUAAUGUGAAUCCUGCACACAUUGAAGACCUCAGGAAAACAGUGGAUGGAAAUCCUUUUGAUACUGCUGCAGGGUAUCGUAAUCUCACGCAUGAAGAGGUCUUACAGGAAUUAGUGAAACAUAAAGAACAACUUAAAAAGAAGGACAUCCAUAUUCGUGAACUUGAGGACUAUAUUGACAAUCUUCUUGUGCGAGUAAUGGAAGAAACUCCUAGUAUUCUCCGCGUGCCAUAUGAACCUUCUCGACGAGCUGGCAAAUUUUCAAAAAGCUAAGCCAAUGCCAACAUUCAAUGGUAUUUCUUUAAUAGAAUGGACUGCUUACUGCAGUGUUUUGGUAUCUUAGUUUCCUUUUUCCACGCUUUACAUCCUAAGAGAGAGUUUAAUUCCAAAUAUUGUUUGGUAUUGCCAAAACUGGCAAUCUACAUGAGCUGCAUAACAUUUUUACAAAAGCAAAAUGUAUGUUCCAUUUGCUAUAAAACAUUCCUCUUACCUUAACAUUUACAUGCAGGUUUCUUUUGUUUUUUAAAUAUUAUAGCUAACUUGUAUACUGCUAGGAUCCCAAACAUAUACUUGAAUAUUUAUUUUGCACUUCAGUCAAUCUCUUUGAUGUUUCAGCAUGCUGUCAAUGUGGAUGCGCACAAGCAGGAAGUGAUUUGCAGCUCUAAACAUGAAGGAAAUCUGAUGAUGUAAGAUUUUAUUAGCAUUUUAUGUCUAGGAAUCACCAGUAUAUGCUGAACAAUGAGGAAGUAUCAUAUGUUUUUGCAUAAGGGUGUUGAUAGUAAUGGUUCUGGAAUGGAAUGUAUCCAAAGCAGUUACAUUUGUACUCUUUAAGGAAUUUGGGCUUUUGAAAUGGCAAGUAGCAAGUUAUUAAAAUCUAUGGAUGUAACAGAUGCUAAAUAUGUAAGGAUACAGCAUACAACUUGUUUAAGCAUACAAGUAUACAUUAAGAUUAAGUAAAUAAAGCAUAAGAAAGUGAUGAAAGAAUACCUCAUUUGCUAAAAGUUUAUAUGAAUAAUGGGAGAUACAGCUGAUGGACAUAAUGUUUUGAAGAGUUAACAUCAGCAUUUACACCUUUCCUUGGCUUUUGCCAAAUGCGAGACAGGAAAUAGAAAUUGUAUACUUUGUCUUUCUUGAUCUAGGAGAUUGUUUUUUAAAAAAUAGGUUGGAGAGUAACUGUUCUUUAAAUGCUAUAUUCUGUGUCCAAAUCAAAUAUUGUCCUUUAUUUAAGAGCGAUAGAUGUAUUUGAUUAAGCAUGUCUCUGAUUAGGUGACAUUUGUGUAUAGUCUUGUGUGUCUGUUUCAAAGUGGCAAAAUGCAAUUUCUAAUGGAAAACACUGCCAUGAAGAGAAAGCUUGUUUAUUAUACCAGUAAUCAAAACGUUGUGUUGUUUUAAUUUGCUUCAUACAAAACUUUUAGGAAGAAUGCUUGUUAGUGGGGAAUGCAAAAUAGAUUUAAACAUAAGGUACAUGGGGUGUUCAGAAGAUUUUUAUCUUCAGAUUUUCCAUUUUGCUUGCUUGUUUCAUGUGCAUUUUCCAAACAUGGACAUAAGAAGGAGUUUCCUGAGAAUAAGAUGUAUGUUCCUUUUUUUAGAAUGAUAAAGAAUACUAAUUCAAAUAGUUCUAUUUUUUUAUCAUUAACAUGUCAAGAACCUUUUCUUAAUCAAAACAUUCUUGUAAUUAAAAUACAGUAGGACAGAGCUGUCAUCAGAAGAUGGUAUGGAGAUAGUGUUUAUAUUCUUGAAUAUACUCAGCCACAUUAAGCAGAAUAUUAAGCCAUGGGCAGAGAUUCAUUUUGCCUCACUGGGUCUCCAUCCAUUUUCUCUACAGCAAUUUCGUUGUUCCUAAUACAUGAGCAAGUCUUAAUGCUGGUAGUGUGUCUCAGAAGAAUAUGAAGAUCUUUUUCUGUAAUUCUGUAUACUUUCAUUUUAUUAAUCAUAUUGAGUGCCAAAGGAUACAUAUUCUAAGUUAUUUUUUAUGUUUUAAGGUUAACUUCUGCAUUUGAAGUAGAUGUUUUACCAUCAUUAUUUAUGCCACAAUGUAUUUUUUAAAACUCUAUUGCUCAUUUAAAACUUGCAGAUGUCUCACAUUACCAUACUUAAUGAUUUCCACCCAUGAUACUGGAAACUGUUGGGCCAUUGAUGUUUGAACCUCCAUUAUAUGCAAGUUCAUUAUCCAUCUACAAUGAACAUUCCUCAGCUACAAGCUGAAGAGCAUAAACCUCAGAGUUCUAAGCUCGUGUUAAUUAUUAACUCUUAUUCUCUACCACCUUUCAAAUUACUUCUAUUAGAAUUUUAAUGUGAAAAAUCAAUGCUUUUCACAUACAUAGUAGAGUUAACAAGGUCUUUAGUUAAAAUUUUAUGAAGGGUUUUCAUAUCCUCUUUAGUCCUGUUAUAUCUGAUCUCUAAGUGAAUUCAAGCACCCUUUUAUUUCCAAUAUUUAAGUGCAAAUAUCAGAAAAAUGGCAGACACAUUAGUAACAGUAUUGUAGCUAAAACAGGAAAAAUGCAAUGUUUGUAAGCAAGUAAAUAUCUUCAUAAUUUCUGUAUAGAAAUGGCUACUGGAAAUAUAAUUUUGAAUGCUGAUCUAUAUUCUCUUGAGUAACAUUUUAAAUCAUCAAUUGCCAUAGUCUAGCUACGCAAUCAACUGAGACCAUAGGAUAGGAAUAGGACUGCCCUGUACAAGUAUAUGCUUCCAGGGGCAACAACCAAGUCCCAGUUCUGUAGUAGAAAUUGAGACAGACUGCCUAUGUGGUUGUUACUGUAUGACCUCAGCAAUAUGCAAGGCAACUCUGGCCUGAGUACAACCUUGGUGAGAGCACACUCCAGUAUUUGUAUGUCUUCAGAUUCUAUGAUUCUCUUUCAAGUAUAUACAACAUUCAUUUUAGAAUAAAACACUGCUCCAAGAAUAUUUCAUAUUUACCUGCAGCAUAAAAUAGUUUCUGCUGAGUUGUUUCAGGAGCUUCAAAAUCCAUCUUCCCAUGCCACAAAUUAUUCAUCACCAAAACUGGCAAUAUUGGAAAUGCACACAUUUCAAUCAUUCUUCUCUAUCCUGUGAAAAAAUAACAUUCAGGGCUUAUUGGUAAUCAUACUUACUCCUUUUCAAAUUGUACCGGCUAACAGCAGAAUGCCUAGUAUAAGGUAUAUGAAGAUCAUUCUUAGGAUUGUAAAUAUGAAGUGAAAAGUUACUACUAGAAAGAAUGUUUAAUACUAUAUUACUUUUUGUUGCUGUAUUUUAAAAGUUUAUGUUAAACUUGAUUGCCACUUACCACUGAAUGUAGAAUUAUCCAUAUAUCAUGCUUAGGUACAUAUAUUGUUGUUUGCUGUAAAUCAAGGGCUAGUUGUAAUGUACCAGCUAUGAAAUCUUGCCUUGUAUUUGAACGCUUUAUGAAUGGGAUCAUAUUCUCAAUUAAGCAUUUGUUUAACAGUUAUUCCCCUUCACCACCACACCCCAAGCUCUUUGCUUAAUUAGAAAUGAAACAUAUGUCUUAAAAUGUAUUUACUUCUGUACUGGAAUACUAUUUACAACUAUAUCUUUUAAAAAUGUAAUGUAGGCUAAGGGCCUCCCCACAAAGCUGAGCUCUGUGUAUCCCUAACAGUUGCAAAAGUGAUAGAAUUGACUAAUGUUUGUAUUUCAAAAUAUGUUUGUUGUAUGUCAGAUUCCUUGCUCUUUCUCAAAGCAAUCAAUGAAGGAUUACAGCGCUGAUAGUUGAAAAAGUCUGCUGUAAGUUCUGUUAAAAUAUUUUUUUUCGGGCAUUCUAAGGGCAUUCUAAGGUUGUGCAGCAGCAUGACUUGCAUUCCACCAUCCCCAUUCGUGUGUGUCCAAAUUGGCUCUAAAUCUAGGUACAGUUACUAGCAGUAUUAUGCAACUAUUAUAGCACUUUAACUGAUUGACCUUUUUUAAAAGAUUUUCAGUUUUAUUUCUGUUAAUUAAGGUACUUCUGUUUGCAGCAUUGUUGGCCCUCACUUGGUCCAGAUUAUGGCCCUCUUCAGUUGUUGCCUCGCUGACUCCUCACAUUGAGCUGUAACUUCUGCAACAGAUAACUUUUUCUAUUCAUGGAGGCUCUUCAUGCAACUUACAAGUCUGCUCUUCUGCUGCUCUAGUUACAACUGAACUUGUGAGCAGUCACGAGUAGUGUAACAAUGGGGGUGGGGCUAAAUGCAUAUCCCUACAGCCCAUUUGUACAUUUUCCCCUCUUCACACGAGUAACGACUGAAGAGCGUUUGUGUUCAGGGAAUCUGCAGCAUAUACAGUUCAUUCUGUCGCAAAUGGUUGCAACCUCUUCAUUCAGCACAGGUGGUUCCAGAUUAGAUUUAUUUGGUACAAUAGAAUGCUGCACAUUAUAGAGACUUAAAACCAACUAUACAAAAGAUGUGCGCAUGUGUUUGAGAAAAGAAGGUUCAUUUGUUUUUGCGUAAUGACUGAUCAUUUGUACCCAUUGUCCCCUCCAAAAUGAAAAGUCACAUCUUAUGUGACACCUGUAUGCAUAGUGAUAAAAUGCAUGAACUAUGAUUUUGAUUGCAUUUGUAAACGUGAACAUUUUUAUUUGAUCAAAAUUGUAAUCUUAAUUUGAUAUUCACCCGUUAUUGUUGCAUGUCAAACACCAAUAAAAUGCCACUGUGC